AUGAAGAUGACAACUAAAUCUGGUAAUCUUCUUCCCUGCAAUUCUUUCUUUAAUUUCUUCACUUUUUUAAUUGGAUUUCGUUGUUACUCUAAUUGCACUAAAUUUCUUGCUGUUGAUGUUGAUUUUGAUGACCCCAAAUUGUUUCUCAAAUUUGUUAGACAGCAAUCAAAAUUAGGGUUUACUAAUGCUGAAAUCCCCCUUUUUCUUUUCGAUCAUAUGAAAUUGAUUCGCCCACUUCCUGAUAUUGUCGAUUUCAAUCAACUGUUAUCAUCCAUUUGUAAGAUUAAACCCAACCCACCUUUCUCCACUGUCAUUUCUCUUUACAGAGACCUCCUUUUCUUAGGUCUUCGUCCAAAUAAUUAUUCCCUUAACAUUCUGGCUAAUUGUUACUGUCGCUUAGGCUAUGUUCAUUUUGGGUUGUCCCUUGUUUCUUAUACCAUUAAGCUUGGUUAUCAACCUGAUAUUGCCACCUUUAAUACCCUCAUUAACGGCUUUAUUCACUCUAAUCAACUGGACAAAGCCGUUCCUUUAUUGGAUAAAAUUCUCAAGCUUGGCUACCAACCCACAUUAAUCACCUAUGGCUCUAUGUUCAAAGGUCUCUGUAGGUCCGGUGAUAAUGCCUGA